UCAUUAGUAAGAUCAGAUUAAAAAUACAUUUAUAAUUAUGCAAGCGUAAGAAAGGAAAACUCAGGAUGCUUCGCAGUUAGUAUAGUACACAGUGCGAUACUCUCAGAUUUAAGAAAAAAAACGAGCGACCACUUGACUUACUCAUCAGAAAAUUUAGAGAACUUUGAUGGACCCAGAAAUGAUGUCAUGACUUUUGCACUAGCAGCCAAGCGUUCUGGGGUAUCACUGCACAUCUGUAACGAUCAAAUCUAUGGGUUUAUUCCAGUACCAUUAGAUAAUCGAGAAGACAUCGAAGAUGACAAACAAAAACUGAUAAACAUAAAACUAGAAAUUUUGGCUUUUCAGGGAAGUCUUCCCUUAUCCCAAAACUUGAAAAAAUUCGUUAGCUAUCCAAAAAAAGACACAAUGUCGAUGUCGAAGGUUUACGUGAUUAAUUUGUUGAGGAGGCCGGAAAGAAGGAGACGAGUGAAGAAUUGUUUUGACGAAUUAGGAAUUGCAGUGCAAGUAAUUGACGCGGUAGAUGGACGAAUAUUAAAUUAUACCAUUUUAAAGUCAAAGGGUAUAACGGUAAUGCCUGGAUACAUUGAUAUUUAUGAAAAAAGACCAAUGACCCUGGGAGAAAUAGGCUGCUUCCUUAGUCACUAUAACAUUUGGAACAAGGUGGUUAAAAACAAAUACGAAAGAGUAAUGAUUUUUGAAGACGACGUUCGAUUUCUGCCAUAUUUCCGGCAAAAUCUCACAGUUGUAUUAGACGAACUUCAGAGGCUGAAUUUGGAAUGGGAUCUUUUGUUUAUUGGAAGGCAAGUGAGGCAAGAUCAAGAUGAGUCCUUAGUUGAAGGGUCGCAAAGGCUUGUACACGUUGGAUAUUGUUAUUGGGCUCUGGGUUAUAUUUUAUCAGCGCAAGGAGCAAAGAAACUACUUGCAGCAAAACCUUUAAAAAAUUUAGUACCUGUGGACGAAUUUCUUCCGAUCCUUUACGACAAACAUCCAAUAUCAGAUUGGAAGGAGAAAUUUCCAAAAAGAAAUCUAAUCGCGCUCUCAGCCACUCCACUUCUCGUUUACCCGAUCUACUACAUUGGAGACAGUGGAUACGUAAGUGAUACUACAGAUUCCGAAUUUGUGCCUCAAGAUGGAGAAAAAGAAGAAGAUGCAGCAGCAAAUAAGUUGAAUAUUCGGGACGAAUUAUAGCCUAGCUAAAGAUACAAGUUUUUUAAAAGUAUUGGGUAUGGACAUGACCUUGAUAUUUGCCGGAUAUAAAAGACAGCGCGCGCGGCAGCGGCAAAAACCUAAAAAACCUGAGGAAAAGAAAUUUGAAAUUUA